UUCGACAAUCAGCAUUUGUGAAUGCGAAUAAUGUUGCUUGAAGAUCUAAAUAAAGGAUUACAGGUUCACGACAAAGAAAUGAAAUUGAAACAUAAAUACAAAAUGAUGAGUACAUAUUUCAAGUCAGUUAGGCUGAAUAUUUCAGACCGCACACAAUUUAUAGUGAAAGUGUUUUCAACCAAUAUUUUUCAAAUCUGUUUAUCAAUGUUGAUGACUGCAUUAGUUUUUACUAGUGAUUCAGUGCAUAAACGUUUGUUAGAGGAAUAUUGGGUUGUCAUCAUUUUAGGUGUUGUUUCGACGGUUGCAUUAAUUGUAGCAUUCGUUGUUCAGCGAUUUCCAAAUUUGCGAUUCCUCACAGAUUU